AUGCUCAGAUUUGUUUUGGUCUAUAUCCCUGUUUCGGUUGUAUCACACACACUUUGCAUAUCUCUAUUCAUUAUCUGCUCAACACGUCACACGUGCUUCUCAAAAAGAUAUACAUGUUUGUUGAACAUUUGUUUUUGUUUUUUUAUUUCCUCCAGAAUUAGAAACUAUUUCUAA